UUGUAUCCCACGUCAUGGACACGAGAGCCAGAAAAUGUAGUAACACGUCAUUCUACUGAAGUAGAGGACCACCGGCUGGGAGUUGCCCCCUCAGGUUCUUCGCUCUCUCAUUCUGUUUGCGCAUCGGUAUUUGUCACCUAAAUGCUGAUCCGAUUUAUUACAGUAUAAUAUUUAUUUACCUUCGUCUGGAUUUCCAACCGGAUCUGUAUAAAAGUUGCCAUGGCGACAUACCAGGAGUUUAUCCAACAGAAUGAGGAUCGGGAUGGCGUGCGUUUUAGCUGGAACCUGUGGCCCUCGAGCAGGCUGGAAGCUACCCGGCUGGUAGUGCCUGUCUCCUGCCUCUUCACCCCACUCAAGGAGAGGCCAGACCUGCCACCGGUGCAGUACGAACCGGUCCUCUGUAGCAGGGCCAACUGCAAGGCCGUACUAAACCCGCUAUGCCAAGUUGACUACAGAGCCAAAAUAUGGGCGUGCAACUUCUGCUUCCAAAGAAACCCAUUCCCCCCGUCAUACGCCGGCAUAUCGGACGUAAACCAGCCGGCUGAGCUCAUGCCACAGUUCUCAACCAUUGAGUACAUAGUGCAGCGCGGCCCCCCGAACCCCCUCAUCUUCUUGUACGUGGUGGACACGUGUCUGGAGGAGGAGGAUCUGCAGGCCCUGAAGGAGUCCCUGCAGAUGUCCCUGUCCCUGCUGCCCCCCAACGCCCUGGUCGGCCUCAUCACCUUCGGACGCAUGGUGCAGGUCCACGAGCUGAGCUGCGAGGGAAUUGCAAAGAGCUACGUGUUCAGAGGAACCAAGGAGCUUUCCUCCAAACAGAUCCAGGAGAUGCUAGGCCUGACGAACCCAUCGGCAUCUGGGCCUCAAGGUCGUCCCGCGGCCCCUCAGGAUCCAGCCGUCACCUGUCGGUUCCUGCAGCCAGUCCAUAAGGUAGACAUGAACCUGACAGACCUGUUGGGAGAGCUGCAGAGAGAUCCCUGGCCUGUACCACAGGGGAAGAGACCACUGCGGUCUACUGGAAUAGCACUGUCCAUCGCCGUGGGCCUGCUGGAGGGUACGUUUCCCAACACAGGGGCCCGUGUGAUGAUGUUCAUGGGCGGACCCCCCACCCAGGGCCCCGGAAUGGUGGUGGGAGACGAACUCAAGACCCCCAUCCGCUCCUGGCAUGACAUCACCAAGGACAACGCACGGCAUCUGAAGAAAGCCACCAAGUACUACGACGCCUUGGCGAACCGUGCGGCAGUGAACGGCCACAGUAUUGACAUCUACGCCUGUGCCUUGGAUCAGACCGGACUUCUAGAGAUGAAAUGUUUAUCCAACCUCACUGGAGGUCACAUAGCGAUGGGCGACUCCUUCAACACCUCUCUGUUCAAGCAGACCUUCCAGAGGGUGUUCAGUAAGGACCACAACGGAGAGUUCCGCAUGGCCUUCGGAGGCACGCUGGAAGUCAAGGUGUCCAGGGAGCUGAAGGUAUCGGGGGCCAUCGGGCCCUGUGUCUCCCUCAACGCUAAGGGACCAUGUAUAUCAGAGAACGAGGUCGGUGUUGGAGGAACAACCCAGUGGAAAAUCUGCAGUCUCAGUCCCUCCACGACGUUGGCCUUGUACUUCGAGGUCGUCAAUCAGCACAACGCCCCAAUCCCUCAGGGUGGUAGAGGAGCGGUCCAGUUUGUCACCCAGUACCAACACUCCAACACCCAGAGGAGGAUCAGGGUUACCACCGUCGCCAGGAAUUGGGCCGACGCCCAGUCCCAGAUCCAGCACAUCGAGUCGUCCUUCGACCAGGAGGCGUCGGCGGUCAUCAUGGCCAGGCUGGGCGUGUUCAGGGCCGAGUCGGAAGAGGGGCCGGACGUCCUGCGCUGGCUGGACAGACAGCUCAUUCGCCUGUGUCAGAAAUUCGGUCAGUUCAACAAAGACGACCCCACCUCCUUCAAGCUCUCGGAGUCCCUCUCACUCUACCCACAGUUUAUGUUCCACCUGCGGCGGUCGCCGUUCCUGCAGGUGUUCAACAACAGCCCAGAUGAGUGUUCCUACUACAGACACCACUUUGUCUGCCAGAACCUGACCCAGUCUCUCAUCAUGAUCCAGCCCAUCCUGUACUCUUACUCCUUCCACGGACCACCGGAGCCUGUUCUCCUGGACAGUGGCAGUAUUCUCCCCGACCGGAUCCUCCUCAUGGACACCUUCUUCCAGCUGGUCAUCUACCAUGGAGAGGUGAGAGUAACACCAACACACAACAUCCUACCAUGGCGUAAGGCGGGUUACCAGGAGCAGCCGGAGUACGAGAACUUCAAGCAUCUACUGGUAGCACCUGUGGAUGACGCCCAGGAGAUCCUGCAGACCCGCUUCCCCAUGCCCCACCACAUCGACACAGAGCACGGAGGGUCCCAGGCCCUCCUCCUGUCCAAGGUCAACCCCUCCCAGACACACAACAACCUCUACUCCUGGGGACAGGAGACCGGAGCCCCCAUCCUCACAGACGACGUCAGUCUACAGGUGUUCAUGGACCACUUGAAGAAGCUGGCCGUGUCGAGCGCCAUAAUUUCCCAGUCCCGGGACCAAAGUGAUCGCCUCGUGAUCAGACCGAUAUGCCCACCGUUCUAUUUCACUUCACCAUACGUCUGGUUGACGAGGCGACCAAAGUGAAGGACCUGAAAGGAGAGAGGGAUGAGAAGGAAAGAGAGAGACAUUCCUGUAUGAAUACAGGGACCUAGUAACACUUUCCCCACGUAUGACCUAUGAUGGUUUCAAAUCAUCUAAGUUAUUAUCAUUCCUGCUUUAAGUUUCCGGAAUUCUGCUUCCCUAAAAUUGUGAUUGACAUUAACUUCUCCCCCACACUGGAAAAGCCUUACUGCACCUCGGUUGUAGCCUGGUCCCAGAUCAGUUUUUCAUGCCUUGAGAAUGACCGUAGGAGUUGGCUUAUACAGCACAAACAGAUCUGGGACCAGGCAUCCUCAGAUAUUUAUCACAGUUCUUACAUUCCAUCUCACCUUUUAUAAUGAUAAUUUGGCUAUUGAUUUACUUCUUUGUCUGUCUGUGGUAAGGCAUGUAGCUACUGUACUAGUUUGGUCAAUGAUUGUUGCUCGAGACGCUUUAAAUAUUUUUAUGUUCUUGAUAACGUCCUAUAGUUUAUUUUUUCCAUAAAAUUUCCCCUAAAUAAUGAUUCAUUUAAAUAAUAUUCUUAUUAAACUGUCAAUCUAUCCUCGUAGUGCUACUGUUUUCCUUGUGAAUACAGAAAGACUGGAAGUUCAAUGAAACAUGUUGUUAUUGUAUUAAACAAAACUUCUUACUUUUCUAACACAUCCUUUACAUAGUCUAGUCAACUGACUACGUUUUCCACAUAUCCGUUUUCGCACCAUCUGGCAUUUUGUACUACUUACCCCGAAACCCAUCAUCACUGUUCUUUGACUCGCUACUCUAGUCUUCCUAAUGUUAACACUUGUACUUACUGUAACAAAAGGGAACGUAAUUGAUUUGAUUUAGUCUGACUGAUUUGUUUCUCAAUGCUAUGCAUAUAAAGUGUCAAGACAACCUUAUUCACCA